GAGGGGGCCUCGAAGCACGGCGGCGCCGCCAUGCCGAAGUCCAAGCGGGACCGCAAAGUUUCCCUAACGCGAACGCCCAGGAAGGGGUUGGAGGCCAAGCAGGCGCUCAUCACUGAGCUGCGGCGAUGCGUGGACACCUACAAGUAUAUCUUCGUCUUCUCCGUUGCCAACAUGAGAAACAACAAGCUGAAGGACGUCCGGAACGCCUGGAAACACAGCAGGAUCUUCUUCGGGAAGAACAAAGUCAUGAUGGUGGCGCUGGGACGCGAGCCGAGCAGCGAGUACAAGGAGAAUCUGCACAAGGUCAGCAAACACCUGAGAGGUGAAGUUGGUCUCCUCUUCACUAACCGCACCAAAGACGAGGUGGACGAGUGGUUCUCCAAAUUCAAAGAGGUGGACUUCGCCCGCGCAGGGAACAAGGCGACGUAUGCGGUAAGCCUGGACACGGGGCCCUUGGAGCAGUUCCCCCACUCCAUGGAGCCUCAGUUACGGCAGCUGGGAUUGCCAACAGCGUUAAAGAAAGGAGUGGUGACGCUACUUUCAGAUUAUGAAGUCUGCAAAGAAGGGGACAUUCUCACCCCUGAACAAGCCCGUGUCCUGAAACUCUUUGGCUAUGAGAUGGCGGAGUUUAAAGUCACCAUCAAAUUUCUGUGGAAUUCUGAGACGGGAGACUUCCAGAAGCUUGUGGGAGACACAGCGGAGGAGGAGGAAGAGGAGGAUGACAAUGAUGACAGCAACAAGGACUAG